AUGAGUGCGCCAAAUACCAUCCCACCUCCUGGAGAGCCUGCACCUGAGCUCCUCGACGGUCGAAUCUGGGUCGAUGGCUGCUUUGAUUUCUUCCACCACGCAUGCCACCGUGAUGGCCGCAUAUCUAACCGCACCCGCCGCCCAGGCCACGCCGGCGCCAUGGUCCAGGCCCGCCAGCUCGGCCACGAGCUCUACUGUGGCGUCCACUCCGACGAGGAUAUCAUGGCCAACAAAGGCCCGACCGUCAUGAACCUCCGCGAGCGCCUCGCCGCCACUGACGCCUGCCGCUGGGUCACCCGCUCCGUCGGCCACGCCCCGUACGUCACUGAGCUGCCCUACAUCUCCCACUUUGGCUGCAAGUACGUCGUCCACGGCGACGACAUCACUUCGGACAGCGACGGUAACGACUGUUACCGCUUUGUCAAGGAGGCUGGGCGCUUCAAGGUCGUCAAGCGCUCCCCCGGCAUUUCCACCACCGACCUCGUCGGCCGCAUGCUGCUCUGCACCCGCACCCACUUUAUCAAGUCCCUCGAGAAUGUCCUGGCCGGCACCGAGGGCAGCGGCACAGACGAGGAGCGCAUGGCUGCUGCCAAGGCCAUGAAUGAGAGACUGGCGCUGUAUGCGACUGAUGAGACGGCAAAAGCGCCCGGCGCUGAGAUUUGGUUUUGGCGCGCCUCGCUCGAGGCCAAAUCCGAAGAGACGGCCCGCGAAAAGGGACAGUUUAACCAAUUUCUCGAGGGGCCUGGUCCUCAGCCUGGCCAGCGUAUUGUCUAUGUCGACGGUGGUUACGAUUUGUUUUCGAGCGGCCAUAUCGAAUUUCUGCGCAACGUUCUACUAGAAGAGGACAAGCUCGCCAAGGAGACGGACUGGUUCACUGAAGCGGCUGCCACCAAGCGUAAGCAAGCCACUGGCAAGGACUAUGGUCCGGCAUAUGUCGUUGUCGGCGUCCAUGACGAUAAUGUCAUCAACUCGUGGAAGGGCGUCAACUAUCCCAUCAUGAAUAUUUACGAGCGCGGGCUAUGCGUUUUGCAAUGCAAAUACAUCAACGCCGUUGUUUUCGGCGCCCCUUUUACUCCCACAGAGCCCUACCUCACCAAUCUGCCCUGGGGCACGCCCAGCGCCGUCUACCACGGCCCGACCAAGUUUAUGCCGCUCACCUACGACCCCUACACGGCGCCCAAAGCCCUCGGCAUCUACCGCCAAGUUGGGGCGCACGAGUUUGCCGACGUCAACGCUGGCCAAAUCGUCGAUCGCAUCAUGAAGAGCCGCGAAAUGUACGAGGCGCGUCAGCGAGCCAAGGGCGUCAAGGCCGCGGGCGAGGCGGCGGCCCGCGAGCGCGAGAUUCUCGAAGAGGAGCAGAAGAAGAAGCAAGCGGAGCGAGAAGCUGCGGCAAAGCAGUAA